UAUGUCCGAAAAACUGCUUUCCCAGCUGGCCACGCCGUCGGAGGACUCGAGCUCGCAGUCGAAGAUUGAAGAGAAAACCGGGAUACCCUAUGGCGACGUUGAGCUGGAGAGGAAGGCCGUUCGCCGGCUUGACUGGAGCAUCCUUCCUGUUAUGACCAUGUUCUAUCUUCUGUCCUUCUUGGAUCGAGCAAACAUCGGAAAUGCUCGCGUCGCCGGUCUGCAGAGAGAUCUCCGUCUUACCGACAGGGAGUAUCAGAUAUGUGUAACGGUCCUCUACGGCCCCUACAUCUGUGCCGAGCUACCUUCGAACCUCGUUCUGCGACGCAUUGGUCCUCAACGCCUCAUGCCAACCUUGCUCACUGCAUGGGGCGUGGUUGUGACCUUGCAAGGCCUCGUAUCCUCGUUCGCUGGUCUGGUGGUCGUUAGAGCGGUGCUCGGGCUCAUCGAGGGGCCGAUGUUCCCGGGGAUUGUGUUAUACCUGUCAGGAUUCUACACAAGACGAGAGCUGUCGCUGAGGAUUGCGCUGUUCUUCUCAUCGGCGUCGCUCUCUGGGGCGUUCUCUGGGCUCUUGGCCGCUGCGAUUGAAAAGAUGGAUGGGAUGGGGAAUAAGCCGGGUUGGGCAUGGAUAUUCAUUCUGGAAGGCUUAUUCACGGUCCUAAUGGGAUUUAUCGGCUUUUUCCUCGUCCCAGCUACACCACGAGACUCCAAAUUCCUCACAUAUGAGCAGAAGGGGCUGAUUAUGGCCCGUCUUGAGCGUGACCGCCCCUCCAUUCUCCCCGCCGACAAGUUCUCAGUCAAGGAGAUAUUCCGAUCGCUUACAUCCCCGCAAGUUAUCAUUCUCUUCGUCAUAUUCUUCAUGGUCGGCACGCAGCUUUAUGGCCUGGCGCUCUUCCUCCCUUCCAUUGUCAAUCAGCUCGGGUUCGACAGGAACAGGUCUCAACUGCUCAGUGUGGGCCCGUUUGCUGCAGGGUUCUUCGUGACAAUUGUAUCUGCCGUAUGGUCCGAUAGGUGCCAGAUGAGAGGAAUUCCAGCUGCGACGAUAUCGCUGUUAUCUGUCGCUGGGUUUUCGUUGUUCCUUGCCGCGAGAGAAAAGUACGUCGCAUACGGCGCCCUUUACUUGAUGGUUCCAGGAGUGUACGCCUGUGCCCCGGUUUUCAUUGCGUGGAUGGCCAAUAACUCAGAACCGCAUUACCGGCGAGCCACCAGCAUUGCUCUUGGCUUCGUAGCCACGAACUCGGGCGGUAUCCUCAGCACUUGGAGAUUCCCUACGAAUGAGGGACCAAGGUUCAGGAACACAACUAUUAUGAACCUCGUCUGUGCCAUCCUAGCCGUCGUCGGCGCCUUUGUCAAUAUGGCCUAUCUUCACUAUAAGAACCAGUCAAAACAACGUCCAGGGUAUCGGGAAAGGAAGCUGGCGAAGUACGGCGAUGAGAACGACCCCGAUGCUGUUCUGCAUGCGUGGAUGGACCUGGGUGAUAAACACCCUGAUUAUCGAUAUACCUUGUA